AUGUCACUCAAAGAUUUCAAGAUUAUAUCAAAAUUAGGUUUAGUUUACUUAUAUGAUAGGCGAGGGAGCAUACUCAACAGUCUACAAGGUUAAAAGAAUUGAAGACAAUUCAGAUUAUGCCUUAAAAAAAGUGAAUCUAACAAAUUUGAGUGAUAAGGAGAAAUAGAAUGCCUUAAAUGAAGUUAGAAUAUUGGCAUCCAUAAAAAAUCCUUAUAUCAUUAGCUAUAAGGAAGCUUUCAUUGAUGUUAAUAGUAAUUCAUUAUGGUAAUAAUAUUUGUUAAUAAUAAAACAGUAUUGUAAUGGAACUAGCAGAUAACGGAGAUCUCUUAUAAUAAAUUUAGAAAUGUGCCAAAUCUAAUACUACAAUGAGUGAAAAUGAUAUUCUGAAAAUUACCUUUCAAAUUGCAAGUGGUUUAAAAGCAUUGCAUGAUUUGAAAAUAUUCCAUAGAGACUUAAAAAGUGCAAAUGUUUUUUUGUAAUCCAACGGAGAUGUGAAAUUGGGAGACAUGAAUGUUUCAAAAGUAGCCAAAAAGGGAUUACUAUAUACACAAACAGGAACCCCAUAUUAUGCAAGUCCUGAAGUAUGGAAGGAUCUGCCCUAUGAUCAGAAAUCAGACAUCUGGUCGUUAGGAUGUGUCACAUACGAAAUGGCUGCACUCAAACCUCCCUUUAGAGCUGAAGAUAUGGAGGGACUCUACAAGAAAGUUAUCAGAGGUAUCAUUCUAAUAAUGUGCCCUAUAGGCCUAUAUCCAAAACUUCCAUCAUAGUAUUCGCAAGAUUUACAGAAUGUCAUAAGAAUGAUGUUGCAAGUCCAAACCAACUUAAGACCAACAUCUUAUGCUCUAACUGAACUCCCCUAUUUCAAUAGAUUUAAAACACACGCCAUAGAUGAUCAAAGCAAAUUACUCAAUACCAUCAUAUUCCCAAAGAACUAAAUUUCUAUAGCAAAUAUGUUACCCAAAGCCAAUUACAACAAUUCUAAAUUCAAAACCGAGAGCAAUCAACAUAGUGACACACAGGAAACCAUACAAAGAAAUAGACAAACAACUCUUGGAGCUGGUUCGCAUCAAUCAUCGCCCAAUCCUACUAGAAUUUCACAAUAUCUGGCGGAGUAAGAAAUGCUAUUAAGUAUUUAUAUUUUAAUUAAAGAAUAAUAGUAUUCAGUAAAUUAUGCUGGAAAAAAUAAGAAAACACAUAACUAUUCUGAUAGGAAUGUGAUUGCCAAGAUCCUACUCGAGUAUUAGAAGGAAGUGCCCAUUUAUAAGCAAAUCAAAUAGCGAAAUCGAAGACUCUCGUAGGAGGAAACUCCGUAUUUAUAUCAGAGGAGAAUUGGUCAACUUCCUGCUUUAGAGGAGCAUUCUCCAAAUCAGAAACGAAAUCAUCGCAAUUAGAGCAUGCCAACUUCCAAUUUACCUAUAAUCUGAC